GCGCUUCCCGGGCGGUGAAUCAUCGCCCGCAGUCCGCUUGCAGCGCGGGGCCCUGGCCGCGCCCUUGGAGACCCGAGCCGCGCUCUCUGGACCGCCGGGCGCCGGGACGCGCACGAUGGCGGGCAUCGCGGCCAAGCUGGCGAAGGACCGGGAGGCGGCCGAGGGGCUGGGCUCGCACGAGAGGGCCAUCAAGUACCUCAACCAGGACUACGAGGCGCUGCGGAACGAGUGCCUGGAGGCCGGGGCGCUCUUCCAGGACCCCUCCUUCCCGGCCGGCCCUUCCUCCCUGGGCUUCAAGGAGUUGGGACCCUACUCCAGCAAGACGCAGGGCAUCCAGUGGAAGCGGCCCACGGAGAUCUGCGAUGACCCCCAAUUUAUUGUUGGAGGAGCCACCCGCACAGAUAUCUGCCAAGGAGCCCUGGGUGACUGCUGGCUGCUGGCAGCCAUCGCCUCCCUCACCUUGAAUGAGGAGAUCCUGGCUCGAGUCGUCCCCCUGGACCAGAGCUUCCAGGAGAACUAUGCGGGGAUCUUCCGCUUCCAGUUCUGGCAGUACGGCGAGUGGGUGGAGGUGGUCGUGGACGACAGGCUGCCCACCAAGGACGGGGAGCUGCUCUUCGUGCAUUCGGCAGAGGGGAGCGAGUUCUGGAGCGCGCUGCUGGAGAAGGCAUACGCCAAGAUCAAUGGGUGUUAUGAAGCACUCUCGGGGGGCGCCACCACCGAGGGCUUCGAGGACUUCACCGGAGGCAUCGCUGAGUGGUACGAGUUGAGGAAGGCCCCUUCCAACCUGUUCAAGAUCAUCCAGAAGGCACUGCAGAAAGGCUCUCUCCUUGGCUGCUCCAUCGAUAUCACCAGCGCUGCAGACUCGGAGGCCGUCACGUUCCAGAAGCUGGUGAAGGGGCACGCGUACUCCGUCACCGGAGCCGAGGAGGUUGAAAGCAACGGAAGCCUGCAGAAGCUGAUCCGCAUCCGGAAUCCCUGGGGAGAGGUGGAGUGGACCGGGAGGUGGAAUGACAACUGCCCAAACUGGAAUACUGUCGACCCAGAGGUGAGGGAAAGGCUGACCAGACGGCAUGAAGAUGGAGAGUUCUGGAUGUCUUUCAGCGACUUCCUGAGGCACUAUUCUCGCCUGGAGAUCUGCAACCUGACCCCCGACACCCUCACCUGCGAUUCCUACAAGAAGUGGAAACUCACCAAGAUGGAUGGGAACUGGAGGCGGGGCUCCACGGCCGGAGGCUGCAGGAACUACCCGAAUACCUUCUGGAUGAACCCUCAGUACCUGAUCAAGCUGGAGGAGGAGGAUGAGGACCAGGAGGACGGGGAGAGCGGCUGCACCUUCCUGGUGGGCCUCAUCCAGAAGCACCGGCGGCGCCAGAGGAAGAUGGGCGAGGACAUGCACACCAUUGGCUUUGGCAUCUAUGAGGUUCCGGAGGAGUUAAAUGGACAGACCAAUGUCCACCUCAGCAAAAACUUCUUCCUGACGCACAGAGCCAGGGAGCGGUCGGACACCUUCAUCAACCUGCGAGAGGUGCUCAACCGCUUCAAGCUGCCCCCGGGCGAGUACAUCCUCGUGCCAUCCACCUUUGAGCCCCACAAGGAUGGGGACUUCUGCAUCCGGGUCUUUUCUGAAAAGAAAGCUGACUACCAAGUUGUUGAUGAUGAAAUCGAGGCCAACCUUGAAGAGACUGACGUCAGCGAGGAAGACAUUGAUGAUGGAUUCAGGAGGCUCUUUGCCCAGCUGGCGGGGGAGGAUGCAGAGAUUUCUGCCUUCGAGUUGCAGACCAUCUUGAGACGAGUUCUAGCAAAGCGCCAAGAUAUCAAGUCAGAUGGCUUCAGCAUCGAGACCUGCAAAAUCAUGGUUGACAUGCUAGAUUCGGAUGGGACCGGUAAGCUGGGGCUGAAGGAGUUCUACAUCCUUUGGACGAAGAUUCAGAAAUACCAAAAAAUUUACCGGGAAAUCGAUGUGGACAGGUCUGGUACCAUGAACUCCUAUGAGAUGCGGAGAGCAUUGGAAGAAGCAGGUUUCAAGCUGCCCUGUCAACUCCACCAAGUCAUCGUGGCUCGGUUCGCAGAUGACGAGCUCAUCAUCGAUUUUGAUAAUUUCGUUCGGUGUUUGGUUCGACUGGAGACGCUAUUCAAGAUAUUUAAGCAGCUGGACCCCGAGAAUACUGGCACGAUAGAGCUCGACCUUAUCUCUUGGCUCUGUUUCUCAGUCCUUUGAAGUCAUAACUAAUCUGCCUGAAGACUUCUCAUGGAAGAAAAUCAGCCAAGGACUCGGCUUCUACAGAGAAAUCUUUUAUCUGGACUUUGAAAUUAUGGGAACAUUUACUUAGACUGCUGAUUAUAGCUGAACAUCGUGAUAUUAUUUGAGAUAGAACUUUCAGAUAUCAGAGUAAAAGAUUUGCUUAUCAUUAUAAUAAAUGCAAGUGAUCGCUUAGCAUUUGAUAAGCUCAAAGAAAGCUUUAAAUCUGUAAAUAGAAUACACUUUUUACUCUUACACACUUCCCUGUUUAUAGCAAUAUUAAACCAGGAAAAAAUGCAGGGAGGUAUUUCACAGCUGAGCAAACAUUAGGCCCAUCUCAAAGGACACAAGGUCCUUGCCGGGAGUAUUUAAAGCAACUUCACGUCUAAAGCCGCAGCUGUGGCUUGCACCAAACAGCCGUUUGGUGUUACCAGAUACCAAGGGAAUGGGUUACCAUUUCCUGUAAGCAAUAUGGAAAAUAUGAUGCAUCUCAAAGUCAUCUUGUCGAGGCAUCAAAGGGUCCAGGAGAGAAAGCACACCUCUGUCAUUUGGGUUAAACAAGAGACAGAUUUUAUAAAAUUCAUUGGUUAACAGUAAGUCGUUGUUCUUAGACUCAAGUCCUUGAGCACGUCUGGUCUUACACGCUGUGUUCUCCAUCCUGAAGGGGUUCUCCUCUUGGUCAGCUGAAGCAGGACCCCGAAACCGGGAGUCCAGUUUGCAAGCCAAUCGUGAUGUGAGACAAAACAAGCCAUUUGCUGCCUGCCUCAAAGCUUCUCGAACGCCACCACCUCUGCUGUCUGUGCAUGGAGUCGGGGACCAUCGUAUGGGAGUACCUGUGGAAACGACCCAGGCUUGUUUCCUGGCUUCACCUUGGGAGAAUGCUAGCGACAUUAUAAAAAUAUUGCCUUGUUGCCUUAUCUCCUUCCAAACGUACUGUUUAAAUAAAGAGUCGCCCGGGCAAUGG